AAAGUCAAAUGUGACGUUACGUGUUUUGGUGACGCAGUUGCUUCCGCAGCGCCAUGUUGGUCCCGUAUAGGAUGAACUAGCUAGCUAAGAGACGCUGCUUCUGGAAGAGGCCUUUAAUGGAAUUGGACUCUGAUUACGGUAAAACUUACUUUUCGAAGUGAGACUGCGGCCUUAAGUAGCAGGUAGAGGCAUCCCGAGACCAUGUUGGCACGUCUGUUCAGACUCUAUGGACUCUUGGUGGCCUCCCAUCCUUGGGAGGUAAUCGUGGGCACCCUGGCUCUCACCGUCUGCCUGGUGUCCAUGAACAGCCUGACAGCCAGCAGCCAGAUGUGCAGCUGGAAUGAAUGUCCUAAAGUUGAGAAGAACGUCCCCAGCAGUGACAUAAUCAUUCUAACAGUCACACGCUGCAUGGCCAUUGUUUACAUCUAUUUCCAGUUCAAGAAUCUCAGACAACUGGGAUCCAAAUAUAUACUGGGUAUUGCAGGGUUAUUUACAGUUUUUUCCAGCUUUGUUUUCAGUACAGUAGUCAUCCACUUCUUUGGAAAAGAACUGACAGGCCUUAAUGAAGCCCUUCCCUUCUUCCUUUUGCUCAUUGAUCUCUCCAAAGCCUGUGCCUUAGCCAAAUUUGCCCUCAGUUCAAACUCUCAGGAGGAGGUAAGGGAAAAUAUCUCCCAGGGAAUGGCCAUCCUGGGCCCCACAUUCACCCUGGAUGCUCUGGUUGAGUGUCUGGUAAUUGGAAUUGGCACCAUGUCAGGUGUGCCCCAACUUGAGAUAAUGUGUUGUUUUGGCUGUAUGUCUGUCCUGGCCAACUACUUUGUCUUUAUGACUUUCUUUCCUGCAUGUGUCUCCUUGGUCUUGGAGCUGUCCAGGGAGAGUCGUGAGGGCCGCCCUAUCUGGCAAUUGAGCCACUUUGCCCACGUACUGGCUGAAGAAGAGGACAACAAACCCAAUCCUGUGACCCAGAGAGUUAAAAUGAUCAUGUCCCUGGGUUUGGCUCUUGUUCAUGCCCACACUCGGCUAGCAGCUGAGCAUCCAGACCAGAAUCGCUCAGUAGAGGUGCCCAUAGCAAAGACACUAGACUUUGAUGGUACAGUGUGGCCAAUGAAGCUCACCAGCAUGGGUCUGGAACAAGUGAUAACUCUCAGUCUAGCUCUGCUCCUGGCUGUCAAGUAUGUCUUCUUUGAGCAAACGGAAGCAGAAUCAUCUUUCUCCCUCAAGAGUCCGAUUAGCAGCUCCUCUCCCACACAGAAACCCAAGCAAGUGGGGGACAGCUGCAGGAGGGAUCUCAAAGCCAUGAGACCCCAGAGAUCCAUGAAUGCUAUGUCAGAAAUCAAUUUUAGCCCCCCCGCUGUCUCAGACUCUGUACCCUCCCUCAAGGAUGACAGGACCUUCAGAGAGAAGGUCGAGACCAGCCCCUAUGUUUCAUCUUCUGUGGAGUCCUUAGCUCAGACGUCCUCCUUAACACAGUGCAGCUCAAGUUCAGAGCCCAGAACUCUGGAGGAGUGCAUGACCAUCCUCUUUGACCCUCAGAGAGGUCCUCGUUUUCUCAGUGAUGCAGAGGUGAUGAACCUUGUAGCCUCACGUAACAUCCUGAACUAUAAACUAGAAACUGUCCUCGAGACUCCAGAGAGAGGCGUAGCCAUCAGAAGGGAGAUCUUAUCAUCCAGACUACCUGUUCCCUCAGCCUUGGACCGUCUGCCUUACAAGAACUAUGACUAUUCUAAGGUAAUGGGUUCAUGCUGUGAGAAUGUAAUUGGCUAUAUGCCAUUACCAGUAGGAGUGGCUGGUCCUCUUCUGUUGGAUGAGAAACAGUUUUACGUUCCCAUGGCAACCACAGAGGGCUGUCUGGUAGCCAGCACUAACCGAGGAUGCAGAGCCCUGUCUCUAAGUGGUGGCUGUCGGAGCAGGAUCCUAGCUGACAGCAUGGCCAGGGGUCCGGUUGUGAGGCUGCCCUCAGCGUGCAGGGCAGCAGAGGUCAAAAGUUGGCUCGAGACCUCAGUCGGAUUUGCGCUGAUCAAAGAGGCUUUUGACCAAACAAGCAGGUUUGCUCGUUUGGAGAAACUGACAGUAGGCUUAGCUGGAAGAAAUCUGUAUAUUCGCUUCCAGUCGCAGACAGGAGAUGCCAUGGGCAUGAACAUGCUUUCAAAGGGGACUGAGCAGGCCCUGCACAAGCUCCAGCAGCAGUAUCUAGAUAUGGAGGUCCUCUCACUCAGUGGUAACUACUGCACUGACAAGAAGUCUGCUGCUAUUAAUUGGAUUCUGGGCCGAGGCAAGUCUGCUGUGUGUGAGGCCACCAUCCCAGCGAAGGUGGUGAAGGAGGUGUUGAAGAGCACUACAGCUGCUCUGGUGGAGCUGAACGUCAGUAAGAACCUGGUGGGCUCAGCCAUGGCGGGCAGUAUCGGUGGCUUUAAUGCUCAUUCUGCCAACAUUGUAGCAGCAAUUUAUAUUGCCUGUGGACAGGAUCCUGCUCAGACAGUGGGAAGUGCCAACUGCAUCACUCAGAUGGAGCCUGCUGGUCCAGAAGGGGAGGAUUUAUAUAUCAGUUGCACUAUGCCCUCCAUAGAGGUGGGUACUGUAGGAGGGGGCACCAAUUUACCACCACAACAGGCCUGUCUGCAGAUGCUAAGUGUCCAAGGUACCAGUCCAGAGCAUCCGGGUGAGAAUGCCCGUCAGUUGGCCCGUAUAGUGUGUGGUACGGUGCUAGCAGGGGAGCUAUCCCUGAUGGCUGCCCUAGCUGCUGGACACCUUGUCAAAAGCCAUAUGACUCACAACAGAUCCACGACAAACCUUUCAGCUGUAGCAAUUUCCAAAUUGAAGACCUCUGCGUGACCAUGUGGAAGGUCUAUCUUCAGUCAUUGGACGAGCACAGCUGAAUACAUCAUUGAGUAAUGAUGUAGUUCUGAAGGGAGUAAUAACCAGAGUCAGCAUGUGCUGAUGUGAAUAACAGAAUGAAGAUUUUCGGGGAUGGGACUUUGCGAUUACACCUUUUGUGCCAUGGCUUUGCAUCUUUUGUUGCAGUAGUUUCAGAAGCUUUCACUGCUAUCGACACUGAUCUUUCAGAAGACUUUAUUGUCAAGGGGUAUAAUCAUCAUCCUUUACAAAAGAAAAAAGGUCCUGUGCCUCUGAUAAGUUGUAGCCAAACCGUUUCCUAUCAUGCACUGAAAGUCAACUUCAUAAAUUCCAGAAUGAUUUUGCAACUCCAACAGAUAAUCUUGAGUUCUGAUCUUUGCACUUACCAAACGCUUGCUUGAGACAGUGCUGCUACUGUGUGAACAGUCAAAUGCCAACCUCCUGCCUGAAUGUAUGUUGUGGUAUAUCCAUUUUUCAGGAUAUAACUUACACAGACCUGUGUGAAUUAAGGUGCUCCUGUGAACUGUCUGGCUGUUGGGCUUUUGCUCCAGAUGAAUAAAAGCAGAUGCCAUUUUAGGCUUUUGGCAAAUGUUUUUGUAAAAACAGUUAGAGUCAAAGCCAUAUGAAUUAACUUAUAAACCUUUUGGUAGAUGAAUGUGUGCAUUGCUCCUGGAGGGUAAAGACAUCACUGACUGCAAAGCGGCCUCAGAUGUGGCCUUAUGGACAGUUCUUGGCAGAGAUUUUGGCACUCACUAGUUAGAAUAAUAAAUUAAAGCUAUUGAUGUAAAAAACAAAGAGUUAUUUAAAAAAUAAAUGAUACUAUGUUCCUUGUUCAUAA